GGGUGUCUCAGUAUAUGCAGGUUUCUCAGUGGGUCUAGGGGUGUUUCUGGGUGUAAGGGUGUGAGUGUGUGUCUCAGUGUAUAGGGGAAUAUCAAGCGUAGGGGCAUGAGUAUGUGUCCAGGGGUGUCUCAGUAGGUAUAAGGGAUCUCAGUGGGCAUCUCAGGGCGAGGGGAGGUCCCUGCUCCCCUCUCAAGGGGUCUCUCCCUGACCUGUAGAGUCCCUCUUAUUUUUGGGGAGCAGGUCCAGCAGCAGGGCCCGUCCACAGUGAGAGUGGACCAUGGUGCUGCUGUCUGGGGAAAAGCUGAAGGGGGAACAGCAGCAACAGGUCUGUCCCAGCUCAGACAGGGAGAGGGAACCACAGAGCCCAGGACAGGAGAGGCCGGCAGCUGAGGGGGAGGAGGAUGAUAACAAUGAUGAAGGGGAAGAAGACGAGAAUGCUGAGGAUGAGGGUGAGGAGGACUAUGAGGAGUAUGAAGACUUCUCGGAGCUGCCUGACACUCGCAGCAUCGCCUCGGAUGACUCCUUCUACCCACCGGGCGGUGAUGACGAUGAGGGUGAGACUUGGUCACUGGGUGAAUCUGAGUCCGAGAGCCCCGAGCCGCUGACCCUCUUCCGUGCCUGCUGCACCAAUAAUGCUGUCCUGCUGAAGGCACUGAUCCGCCAGGGCCCCGAGGAGGAGGAGGUGUGCAAGGCUGACCGCAACCGCCGGAAUGGCCUUAUUGUUGCCUGCUACCAAGGUUUUGUGGAUAUUGUAAUAGCCUUAGCACAGUGCCCUCAUCUUGAUGUAAACUGGCAAGACAAUGAAGGGAACACAGCUCUAAUAACAGCUGCACAAGCAGGGCACAUAACCAUUACAAACUACUUGUUGAACUAUUUUCCUGGUCUUGAUAUUGAGAAGAGGAAUGUAUUUGGAUACACAGCACUGAUGAAAUCUGCAAUGCAAGGCCGAACAGAGUGUGUGAGAACCUUAAUGUUGGCAGGGGCAAAUGUUCAUUCAACUGACCCAAAUCGUGGAAUGACUGCCUGGGAAUGGGCUUGUUACACCGGAAGAUCAGAAUCUGCUAUGCUCAUGCAGAAGCUGAUGGACAGUCCGCGCCCCGAGCAGUUUUGUGAUCAAUAUAAACCAGAAUGGCCAAAGAUGAAGGACCUUCUUGAGAAGGCUGCGGAACCAAAAAGCUGUUUUCAGAGGCUAUCAGAGUGUUUGAGGUCAGCAGUGACAUUUAGGGUUGCCUCAAACCCUGAAGAGGAUGGUGUUCUUGAUCACAUGGUUAGGGUGACAACAAGUUUAGGUAGUCCCUUUGUUGCCCUGUCUUGCAGGACUGUGUGUCCAGGGAGCCCACCCUGUGUGGGAAAACGCACACUGUCUGUGCAGGAAAUCCUGAGGAAGCAGAGAGUCCAAGAGAUCCGCUUUCAGGACAGAGAUCAUGUUAGUAGCUAUGAGAAAUUAUUUCAGAACUCCAAAAUCAUGGUGGUCCCCAAAAGGAAAGACCGGAGGGCUAGUCUGCAGCCUUUAAGCUUCACUGUGUCUCAAGCGAGUGUGGUAGCCCCAAGGAAAGCAAGCCUUCUGCCACUCCACCUUCUCAGAAGGAGCAGUGUAAGACCAGGAUUUGUGAUCCCCAAAGUCCGUAUUACCAAGGCUCCUCCACCCAACUUCCAGCCAGAGCCAGUGAGGAGGAAGAACAGUGUCAGAAACAACAUGUACCUGCAGAUCCCUAAAUGGAGAUACAAAGAGUUGAGAGAGGAACGGAAGAAGGCAGAAGAGCAGGAGAAGAGAAGGGCAGAAGAGAUCCAGAGACAGAAGCACAUCUCUCUCCAUCAAAAAAAAAAGACUUGAUUCAAUUAAGGUCGAGAUGUCAUCACCCAGGCUAGAAGGCUGCAUGCUGUCAAACUGUGGGGUGCAGAACUGAAUAAUAGCCCUAUAGCACAGAAACCACAUGAGCUAGCACUAAAGGCAUCUAGUGGAAUGUGAGAAAGUAUUGGGGUUGAAAAAGUGAAAACAGUUGAUUAUCUGCUCUCUGGUAGGUUUGUCUAAUCCUGGAUGAGCAGGUGAGAAAGAGCCUGCAAUGCUCGUAUAUGUGAAAGGAUCAUGCUUUCUAUUCAUCAUGAUGAAGUUAAGAGUCUCAGCUUUUGACACUAAUCAUUCUCCCCUCCUCCUCUUUAGGUGCAUAUGAAUUGCAACACUUAGUAAUGAAAGUCACAAAAAGUUUAAAGUAGGCCAUAAUCUCCAUGCAACUGGUACCAGGCAGGAAAUCUGGGGAAGAGGGGGUGGGUGUGUAAUGCAGAUCAUUUUGACUAUAAUAAGCACUUUAUGGAUAUUUUAAUUCUGUAAAACAGAAACUUAAGAUAUCAAAGGUAUCUAACACUACACCUGUACCAGAGGUAUAGCACUCUUUCAAAGCCCAGGGCAGAGGUGGGAGAAGGGAAGGAGAAGUGGAGUCUAACCUGACAGGGCUCUCCUUGGGCAGCAGCUGCUUAUGCUGUGGUUGCUCCUGUAGUAGUGCAACUUGGGCUGGUGCAGCUGGGAAACAGGCAACACUAUGGGCCCCAUGGGGCCCCAUUCUCUCCCUCCCUCCCUGGGCACAGGACUGUGCCUUCACCCUCCAUCCACCAGAUAUACGGCUGGGUGUAGGAUCUGUCUGCCUGAUUCCUGCAGUCAGGGUGCAGAGCUGCAGCAGUUAUGGCAAAGACUCCCAUGGGGAGGGGCCAAACUGGUGCCCAGGGCUUGUGCCCUUCUUGCCUCCACUGUUUAUGCUAUGGGCCUAUUCUAAUUCUUCAUGCUGUUGACUGUGCUUCUCCCAGAUAAAAAUAGCUGCAUACCAAAUACCUAAGAAUUGGCAGUUAGGACAGUCAGCCCCAGGAGAUGUAAAUCAGGCAUAGUCCAUAAGUUGCAGUGAAGCUCCACCAUUUUGCAUCACUUGUAAAUCUGACAUACUUUUUUAAUGCAUUGUCAAUUUAAGAUUUGCCUCCUCCCCUGCAUUUUCUUUUCUUUAGUCUCAGGGAACUCCAUCAUUAUAUUCACCUGUCAAAUAAAUUAACUCUUUAAUUAUAGAGUUUAUUUUAAUAUUGAUGGUCUUGUUAAAAAAAUGCUUUAAGUUUACUUGAGCUAAACUAAAUCCAGGACAGAAUGAUUGUUCUGAUAACAGAACUGUCUUCAUCAAGGAUAUCAAGUGCCAAUAGCAUUCUGUGAAAAUUCAGUCUUAUGUACUGUAUCAAGCAACCUGCCCACCAGCAUAUGGAAAUCCAAGAUAAGCAUCAUAGUGAAGAUUUGUUGUACUACAUCCUCGGUACCAAAUGCAGAGGACUAUUUCCAUCAUCCCUAUGUCAACUCCAGAGAAAAACAUUUCCUAACAUCCCAGUCAUAGCAGGAAUAACUCAGGUUGUUCCACUAUUAGCAGAGAGGGAUCACGGUGUCAUCCAUAUUGUCCCUUACCUUUUCUGGAUGCCAUAAAAGUAAUGGUGUUUGCUAUAUGUGGUGGUCCAAGACGGCAGCCCGGUAUCCUUCAAAGUAAUUAUUUGAGGCUCAAACCAAAUCUUAGCUGGCAUUUUAGAAGCACUUAAUGGCCUAGAAAAGCACCACAUCCACAGAUACUUUUGAAACUGAGAGCUUACCUGAUUAGGCAAAAAGUCCUAUAGCCCCCAGUGAAGUUGUUUUGGUUUUACCAAGAGAACUGUGUAAAGGGCAUAGACAAUGUUUGUGUCUUCAGGAACAUCCUUUAGAAUUUCUUUUAAGCUGCUAAACUGGCAAAUCCUGGUAUGGACUUGCUAUUUGCUAAAGAAAGGCUAUGUUUAUCAAAGUAGGGUACAAAAGAAAACAGCAAGACACACAGUAAAUAUGAUACCUAUUUUUUAAUAAUUAUUUCCUUCCAUUUCAAAUGUUCAUUUCAUUAUGUUGCUCUGUGUUUGACACUAGACAGAACUUAAAUGAGAAUUUCAAUGAAAAAUUCUGUAAUUAGGUAACCCAUAAGCAUAUAUGCACUGCCACAAUAGAUCAAACCAAAAAUACAUCUUUCCUACUAUCUUAUUUCCAGUAGUGGCAUCUAGCAGAUGCUUUAGAGGAAGUGUAUGAGAAACAGGGUAUGUGUAGAGUGAUCCAUCCUCUGUCAGAUCCUGCAAGUUACCAGCAGUUGUAGAUUUAGUGGUGUCCUGAACCUGAGGUCACAUCGCUGACUGUUGUAAUAGAUGGCUCUGGAUAGACCUGCCCUUCAUAAAUUUGUCUAAUUUAUUUUUGAACCCCAUUAUGUUGUUGUUCUCUCCCAUGUCUUGGGGCAUGAGUCAACUGUCCUGCAUGUCCUGGGCAUGAGUUAACAGUGUGUUGUAUUAAAAAAAAACAACAAAAAAACACUUCCUUGGGUUUAAACCUACUGUUUGGCAAUUCCCGUGGGUGCCCCCUGGUUCCUGUGAUGCAAGGCAUAAUAGCCUCUAUUCUUUUUACAUGUUGGUCACAGUUUAUAGAUCUCAGUCGUAUCUUCCCUCAGUCUGUUCUCAAAGAUGAGGUUGCCAUGCCUUUUCAAUUUCUCCUCAUACAGAAAUUACCUUAUACUACUGAUUCAUCUUUGUUGCCCUUCUCUACACCUUUGCUAGUUCUGGCAUGACUAGAACUGUAGACAGUAUUUAAGGUAUGGGUUCGCCAUGGAUUUGAAUAAUGGCAUAAUGUUUUCAAUUCUUUCCUAAUGGUUCCUAACAUUUAUUUGUCUUUUUGACCAUUGUUGCACACUGAGCCAAGGUUUUUAAAGAAUAAUUCGCAGUGACUCCAACAUCUCUUUCCUCAUUGCUAGAGGCAUUGCAGAGCCCAUAAUUGUAUGUGUCCAAUUAAGGUAAUUUCUUUCUAUGCUCAUUACUUCAAACUUACCAGUGUUUAAUUCUAACCCCCUCCUUACCUUACUCUGCAGUGUCCUGAGUUAUAGCUUUCUCAAUUUAGGCUCAGUUCCCAUUGGUACUAAAAAUGCAAGUCUCUCUAUCUUUUGGUUCCUAGCAUCUUUUCAACAGUUGUGUAUUGAACUAAGAAAAAAAACAAUUUACUGGCUGUAGCUUCAGUAGACACUAGUAUUUCAUAGAUUUGGUAACUUCAAAGCCCAACAGGACUAUGCAAAUCUUUAAGAGAUUGUCCAUAAGGGACUUCCUCUCCUGUUCUCCUGUAUCACACUCUUUAUCCACUUCAGUGGCACUGAUUUGAGAGAACAGUUUUAGUAUCUCUCAAGGGAGCUUCUUUAGCACCCGUGAUCAGGUAUUUCCUGCUAAGAGAGCCCUAAGCAGCAUAUAGGGGUCCUGUACCCCAGUAGAAGCUCUGUCUUCAAGAGUUCCAGUGCAAUAUCUUCUGAAGCUCUCUAGGAGGGCUCAGCACAUAUGAUGCUUCAUGAUAUCUGGUGCCACUGGCUGGUGCAGAGAUGCUCAAUGUCUUGGACACAGCACCACAGCACAGCACCAUGCUGCUCCUCAUGUGGUGAAAAGCAGCCAUGAGUGUUCACAGGCAGUGGUCUACUAAAUUUGCAGCUGGCUCCUUUCUGAAGUGCAAGGACGGCAAAGCUUUUUUGCCCCCUCCUUGCCAAAACACUACAGCUUACCACAAUCUGGCCAGACUCAAAGACCAGCGCUUAAAAUUCUAGUGCCCACAUACAGCAUCAAAAUCAGUCCUAACAGCCCUGGGUGCAGUCUAAGCAGAGCCUGUGUGGGCCUAUCAAGCAAGGUUUUUCUCUAGAUUUUUAUGAGGUCACCUCUUACUAUGGUGCUGAAACCUGGUGACUCAACUACACUCGAGAUGAUCCUUCUGAUUGAGAGUGAAGGGAGCUUGUACUAUUCUGUCUAAACUGUCCAGAUGUUCUGGUUAUACAGCAGACUUCACUCUGCAAGCCUGUCAAUUCUUCACCCUUUGUAAGCACUAAUUUCACUUUAAAAUAAACAGAAAUAAAAUAUUAGAUUUCAUGGGAGCUUAAUGUAAUGUUACAAGGAAGAAGCUGAUACUUAUUCAUUUUUGGGAUUGCAGGGUCAACCUAUUCAGUGUCCAGUCCAAGCAUGUCAGGAUGGAUUUCAUCCCAAUACACUGUAUAGGACAGAUGAACUGUUUACAGGGGAUUUUUUGUUUACAGGCAACCUACUGUAUUUAAGUAUCAGAAUUCAGAUUCAGUAUCAGAAAAGCAAUCUUUACUGCAAAGUAAACAUAUGAAUUUGCACUCUUACUAACACCUGCAGUAGAGAUAUAAUUGACAGGUACUCUCUCUCUCAGGGAUUAACAUAUAAAAUGUUACAAUUAGGGGCUGAAAAAUAAGCCCAUUUUCUAACCCUUUGUACUUUGCUAUGUCCAUGUAUAUGUAUUGUACACUUCAGUUUAAACAAUUAAACAAAAUCUGACAAAACCAUCACAAGACUUGUUCUUCAGCUAGAUUUUGGGUUGUUGCUUUCCACUUCUUGAUUGGCAUAUCCAUACCAGUGGGUAGUUUCUACCAUCUGAGAGAAGUCUAGCUUCUAUGAAAGGAUUUAUUAUAGAAAGUGUCCA